GUUAAAAAUAAAUAAUCCAAAACCAGAAGAACCGAACUCUCUCGUCCUCGUCCUCCUCCUCCUCCUCAGCCGAACAAGAAGACUCUCUCUGUCUCCGUCAGACAAAUCUCGCGAGCAAAAUCAGAGAGAUGGGUUUCUUCUCUUUCCUUGGAAGAGUUCUCUUCGCUUCUCUUUUCAUCCUCUCCGCUUGGCAAAUGUUCAAUGACUUCGGAGUUGAUGGUGGUCCUGCAGCUAAAGAAUUGACUCCAAAGCUUAAUCUGGCUAAGGGACAUCUAUCUUCUAGAUUAGGGGUAGCUUUGCCCAAGAUAGAGGUGAGACAAGUCGUUGUUACUAUUAUUGCCUUGAAAGGAGCCGGAGGCUUACUCUUUGUUAUCGGAAACAUCGUUGGUGCUUAUCUUCUGGCUUUCUACCUGGUGGUUGUCAGUCCCAUCCUGUAUGAUUUCUACAACUAUGGACCUCAGGAACGUCAUUUCUCCCUUCUGUUGACUGAGUUCUUGCAGAGCGUUGCACUCUUUGGAGCAUUGCUCUUCUUUAUUGGAAUGAAGAACUCGACACCGAAGAGGAUUUUGAAGAAGAGGACACCUAAGCCGAAAGCUGCUUAGUAUCAAUAUUAUUUUUCUUCUGGUUGUUGCCAUGAGCAAUACCUUUGACUUUUCCUUUUUUUCCCCGAUGAAAUCGUUUCUUAGAACUUUGGUUUUCUUUCUCUUUUAGGAUUCUUAGGAUAGCUAUGAUAUACUUCAUCUUUUACUUUGAUUUGAUAUUGGGAAUUUUGAAGUUUUGAUUUGUUGAAAUUUGAACCAUGCAUGAUGCAAAUGUUGAACACC